CUCAUCUUCCUUUCCUACUAAGCAGGAAAAAAAAACUCCCAACAUCAUGUCUUGCUACCACGACUGCUGCUGCAGUGUCCCCACUGGACCUGCCACUACCAUCUGCUCUUCCGACAAGUGCUGCCGAUGUGGAGUCUGCCUCCCUAGCACCUGCCCACAUACCACUUGGCUGCUGGAGCCCACCUGCUGCGACUGCUGCCCACCUCCCUGCCACAUCCCUCAGCCCUGUGUGCCCUCAUGCUUCCUGCUCAAUUGUGACCAGCCCAAACCUUGCCUGGAGAACCUGGACCUGACCACACACAUCCAGCCUUGCCCUUGCCCCUGUGAGCCUUGUGCCCCACCAUGCUGCUGAGUGGUGGCUGCCUCUGCCCAGAAUCUGGCAACACUUACAAGAUGCCUAUCCUAGUUUGACCUGCUUCAGUAGCCACCAAUUACACCAGAUGUUGGGAUGGGGCCAGAUGUGGCAGAACCAUUUUCAGCAUCAAUAUAAAAGGAAUUGUGAAGCCCCCAUUGGUAGUCUGGAAAAUGGAGAGGUGAAUAUCACUUUGUCCUUCCAAGGAUAUUCAGCUCUAUUAGACUGAUAUAUAUGGUUCUUUAUUUGGGACAUUUGGGGGGUUCUAUUUACAGUCUUUUGUGUCUUCCUAGAGACUAAUAAUAAACUUUUUUCCCCUUCUGGCAUAGCACAAA